AUGGAUCUCUACACCGGUUUUGAUCUGGUUCCACGCCUACCCGAAAGUAUAGAAGAUCAGAAGAGCUGGGAGUGCUUCAUCCAAGCCGUCAAAGAACACUACCAAAACGAUGAUUUGGUAGAAGCAAAACAGAACUGUAUCACCGUCAAAGUAGACCGGGGUCUUGUUCUUCCAUUUGAGGGCCAUGAGCUUCUGCGAUUUUGUUCGGAAAUUUCUGUUCGUCAUGCUGAAGGGGUCGAGAAUCAUCUAAAUACGAUUACUCGGAUUGCAGAGAAACACUUUGGCUCUCGAGCCAAUGUUUACGAUUUACGAAAGUCUUUUGAGCAGCCGGGUGAACCAAAUGCUUCAGCUGGCAUUGAUUCUGAUAUGCCCAAGAACCAUUCACAGACUGUAAAGGAUUCGGAGAUAUUCAGCAUCGAACAGGUGCCAGGAAAAUAA